CUGGGAAACGCCGAAAACUUCGGAUAUGAGCCUGAACGCCGACGUCGGCGCCGCCAUGCCCGUCGCCUCCUACGGCGCCGAGGCUUCGGCCAACGAGAACUCGGAUUCCAUCAUCGCCAAAAUCAACCAGCGGUUGGAUAUGCUGUCGAAGGAGGGCAGCGGCGGGACAGGGGAGGGGAUGGAAGACCAGGAGAGCUCUUUCAGAUUUGAGUCUUUCGAAUCCUACGACUCGAGGUCUUCGAUGAACGACCGCGACAUGUACCGCUCCGGCUACGACUACGGAGACGUGGGGACCGAUCGCAACGAUUCCUUCGGGAGCCAGUUCGAUAACCGCCGGGAUCAGUCCCGCAACCGAGGAAACAACUACGGCCUCAUGCGAGGCCGGGGUCAGAACCGCGUUCAGAAUCGAGGGCGGCUGAACGCCUUCAACCGCUCCGACCACUUCAUGCCCUCCUCCAGCUCCGAGCGCCUCUCGGCUCGUUGGAACGAGUUGAACUACAUGGGCGGGCGCGGGAUGGGGGGCGCCGGCUCCAACAGGCUCCCCUCCCUCUUCUCCCAAGCCCUCGUUCCCGACUACGGGGUGAUGGGGAUGUCGGGCAUGGGCAUGGGACGGUACGGGAAUGUGCCGUACGGAAUGGGGAGGCAGCGGAACCGCGACCGCAUGGGCUUCCGAAACCGCUCCGGAGGGCGAUCGGACGGCGAGGGAGGAGGGCGCAAGCGAAAACAGUCGCAAAGCGGAGACGAGCCGGACAGCAAACAGGCGAAGACCGACAGCGAAGGAGACGACACCGAGAACGAUGAGGGCGAAGGAGAGGACAAAUCAGGAGAUGAAGCGGACAAAGGUGUAAGUAACUUUUUUUCCCCCGCCGUAGCGUCUGGAGAUGGCUGCGAAGAUGACGACGAGGAGGUGAAAAAGAAGAGGGAGAAGCAGCGGAGAAGAGAUCGGAUGCGCGAUCGCGCUAUGGACAGAAUCCAGUUUGCCUGUUCCGUCUGCAAGUUCCGCAGUUUUGAGGAGGAGGAGAUCCAGAGACACCUCCAGAGCAAGUUCCACAAGGAGACGCUGCGCUACAUCGGGACCAAACUCCCGGAUAAGACGGUCGAGUUUCUGCAGGAGUACAUCGUCAACAGGAAUAAGAAAAUCGAGAAGCGGCGCCAGGAACUGACCGAGAAAGAGGGCACAAAGCAGAAGCCGGAUCCUUUUAAGG